UCAGCAAUGCGUGACUCGCGAUUGCAAAAAUGUGUUGUUGCAUACAAUUUGAUAACUGUCGAACAAGAAAAAAAAAUAUUAGCACUACACUAGCAACUUUUCUUUCAUAAACAGAUGGAUUGAAAUAAAGUGUAUUGCAACACGAUCAAAUGAUAACUGAAGUCGCUGUCUCGAAAGAAAAAUGGAACACCCCACUCAUUCGGUCUAUGCUAUAUUCAUCUUUCAUACAAAAAAUUGUCCCUCUCAGCUUGUGUAUCAAAUAACUGUGUUUUGAAAAAUAACAUGGUACGUUAGCAAAUGUUACAUUUACAUGGUAAAUGUUAAAUUGCGUAAAAUAUUAAAUAAAAUAUGAAAGCAAACCAUCGCCGAUGAUCGACUCGUCUUAUAGACAAAGACCGCGCGGCAUUAUUGAGUAUCGUGCAACGUACAGCUCUACGUGACUGUGUUAUAAUGUCAUGGAAUGCCGAUAUAGCGUACGCUUUUACUCCCUUUAAAAUGUUCACUCUGCCAAUGGGCAUUUGGCCUUUGCAAAAAUAUAAUACAUUUUCCUUAGUCCGUUCUAUCGUGUACUGCUUCAUUUUGACCGCGUGGAUGAUCAUGAUAUUUCUCGAAAUCAAUUUCGGUAGUGGCAAUGCGUACGUACAGGUCGAUAAUUUUGAAGUUGUAAUCAGCAUCAUUCUUGGUCUAUCAAAGAUAGUGUCCUUCCGCUUAUAUGCCAAGAAUUUGACUCGCAAUUUCUCUUCUGCUGUGGACGAUUAUCUCACGAUAGACACCGAGGAGAAACGCACGAUCAUGCGGCGGCACGCUUAUAUGGGAAGGAUUAUGUGCUUUAGUAUCUUAUCUAUGGCUUAUGUUGCUUCGACAACUUUUAUACUGUUACCUAUGAUACCUAUGAUAACAGGCGAUACGGAAGUUCAAGUUAAUGUAACCAUCAAUGACAUAUCGGAAUUUCCCGUGGCCGUAACAUUUUUAGGGGAGGUGCAUGUAUCUACGAGUUUAUACAUGUUGAUCUGUAUGUUACAAUAUAUGGGACUAGUACUUACUGCUACCAGUAAUUGUGGCAACGAUACAUUUGUCCUCGCAAUUACUCUCCAUGUAUGUGGUCAAUUGGAACUUCUAA